AUGACAAGCACUACUCCAGCCAAUAUCAAGACCCGGUUUCUAAUCGUUUCAGAUACACAUGGGCUGGACAGUUUACCCGACCCUGUAUCGAGUCAAUAUGUCGAUGUUGCGAUUCACUGCGGCGACCUUACCGCGGAGUCCAAUAUUGAUGAGUAUCAGGCCUCCAUCCGACUCCUGCAGGCUGUGAAUGCCCCCCUUAAGCUCGUGAUAGCCGGCAAUCAUGACUUCACCCUGGACAUUCCAGUAUAUGGCUGCUACGGGGAUGCAAGACGUAUGCUUGAAGACGCCGCUGGUAUUACUUUUCUCGACGAGGGAACUUACUCUUUCCGUCUCCAAAAUGGUGCAUUCUUAAAGGUUUACGCCAGCCCAUACACACCAACACUCGGAGAGUGGGGUUUUCAGUAUCAUCCAGAUCGUGGUCAUGACUUUUCAAUUCACAAUGUUGAUGUUGCUAUGACACACGGUCCACCAAAGGGCGUCAUGGAUUACACUUAUGCCGUUAUCGAUAAACUUUCUACAUUAAAUACCGUCAAAAGCUUUUCAGCUACAAGUCAUUGCUUUGGGGACAAAAACCAGCUUCAACCAGGUUCUCAAACAUUGUUCGUCAAUGCUUCCAUCGAAGGCGCGGGGGAGUUUCCGACACAACCACCGUGGCUCGUUGAACUUGAGCUUCCAUCUGCAAGCGAUCAGGAGAACUGA